AGACUAGUACAGUAGAGGGUUUUGGUGAAAAGCCAGUUUUGCCCCUAGACCACUGUACUAAGCGAGUAGGAGUCGCUAUAAAUUCCUCUCAACAUUCGAAUAACCAACUGAACGCCAAACAGAAAGAAAAUAGAGGGAGAUUGUUGAUCUUCUAUCUAGGCGAUUACUAAUAAGAAUCACUUGGUGGUGGGGUUUUAAUUGUGUUGAACCAGUAUCAUUGGUAAUUCGUUGUGUUUAGUCAGAGUGGUGUUCAAUAGUGUUGAGUUGAAUCAAUCACACUAAUUUAGCGUUGCGUUAUACACAGAAAGAACUAUUGAGAAGAUAACCUACAGUGUAAGUCUCAUGUAUACAUCUCCCUAAAUUUGAUGAUACACAACAUACAGAUGAAUUUUAGAAUAUUCAGCUAAAUAAUUUCAUGUCAAUUUUAUUUUCAAGAACAUAUAAAUUGCUUUUAAAGUCAAAACAUUACACAUUAUUACGCCAUAAUCUAUACAAACCAUUAAGCUGUUGUCAUCAAGAUAUGACGGAAAAAAUGAGAAGAUGGCAACAACCAGAAGGUUCAAGUCAACUCAAAUUGUACAACAGUUUAACAAAAGAAAAGAACGAUUUUAUUCCUCAUGAUGAAAACAGAGUGUUUUGGUAUAGUUGUGGACCGACAGUAUAUGAUGCAUCUCACAUCGGACAUGCCAGAUCUUAUAUAUCUUUUGAUAUACUACGAAGAGUAUUAGCUGAUUAUUUCAAUUACGACAUAUUUUAUGUGAUGAAUAUCACUGAUAUAGAUGACAAGAUUAUCAAUCGAGCUCGCCGAAACCAUUUAAUGAAGCAGUACAAAGACUUAAACCAUUCAAUAAAAAAAGUAACUGAUGACUUGAAAGAUGCACUAGUGGCAUUUAAAGAAAAGGUAGAAAAAACUACAGAUCCUGAUAAAAAGACAAUGUUGGAAAAAAUAUUGGUGGAUGUAACCGAGCAGGACAGUAAAAUUCAAAAAGCACUUGCAGAUAAGUUUCCUGAAACUGAAAUGGAAACAUUGAAGAAGGACCUCCUCACAAAAGCAAAUGAUCCUUUAUCAGAAUGGUUAGAUAAACAAUUUGGAGCAGAAAUUACUGACCACAAAAUAUUCCAAUCACUGACACAAUACUGGGAGAAAGAAUACCACGAUGAUAUGGCAGCUUUAAAUGUCCAACCUGCUGAUAUACUGACGCGAGUUAGUCAAUACGUACCAGAAAAUAUUGCCUACAUUGAGAAAAUAAUGUCUAAUGGAUUUGCAUAUGAAAGUAAUGGUUCCGUUUAUUUCGAUACUGUGAAGUUUGCCAACUCAGAAAAACACCAAUAUGCCAAACUUGUUCCGGAAGCUGUUGGUGAUCUUGAUGCACUUGCUGAAGGAGAAGGUGACCUCAGUCAAUCAAGUAGUGGUGAGAAAAGAUCUGAUCGCGAUUUUGCUCUGUGGAAAGCAAGUAAGGCUGGAGAACCUUUCUGGGAAUCACCGUGGGGAAAGGGACGUCCUGGUUGGCAUAUAGAAUGUUCUGUCAUGGCGAGCGAUGUUUUGGGAAGCACCAUUGACGUACAUACUGGUGGUGUAGACCUAAAGUUCCCGCAUCAUGACAACGAACUUGCUCAAGCUGAGGCUCAUUAUGGUUGUGAUCAAUGGAUUAAUUAUUUCCUACAUGCUGGUCAUUUAACAAUCGAAGGUUGCAAAAUGUCAAAAUCAUUGAAAAAUUUCAUUACUAUUAAAGAUGCACUCAAACGAAACACAUCUCGACAAAUUCGAUUCGCGUUUUUAUUACAUGCAUGGAAUUCAACCUUGGAUUACAGCACGAAUGUUUUAAAAGAAGCCGAACAAACAGAAAAGUUGUUUGCGGACUUCUUCCUGGCUGUGAAAGAUAUUCUGCGAAAACCUGAGAAUGUUCCGCUGGAUGCUCAUAAUUACCGCGAAGCUGAAAAAAGUUUGCAGAACAGUUUUCUAGAGAAGAAAAAACAAAUCCACAAUGCUCUCUGUGACUCGAUUGACACAGCUACCGUUAUUCAGUUGAUGCAAGCAUUAGUAAAGCAAUCGAAUAUUUACAUUAAGCAAGUGAGACAAAAUGAGCAAACACCGAACCAUGCAGUUUUAAAAGGUAUUGCAAAAUAUUUGACCAGAAUUUUGAAAAUAUUUGGCGCCAAUGAUGGAGAGCAGGAGAUUGGCUUUCCUUCUGUGGGAGGAGCAACCGGGGCUGAUCGUGAAGAAAUGUUAAUGCCGUUCGUCGACUUGAUUGCAGGAUUUCGCGAGGAUGUAAGGAAGAUAGCACGAGAAGAGAAAGUAACAAAAAUUUUAAAGUUAUGCGAUGACAUCAGAGACGACAAAUUAGUUGAACUUGGAGUGAAACUGGAAGACCAAGAAGGAGGGUUGGCAGCAGUUGUGAAACUUGUGGAUAAGGAAACGCUUCUUAAAGAAAAGCAGCAAAAAUUAGAGGAGAUUGAAAAGAAACGAAAAGAAAAAGAAGAAGCUAAACUGAAGAAACAACAAGAGCAGGCUGCAAAAGAAGCGAAAGCAAAAAUACCAGCAUCUGAAAUGUUUAGAACGGAAACAGACAAAUAUUCUCAAUUUGAUGAAAAUGGGGUGCCUACACACGAUGCAUCGGGAGAAAAGUUAAGUGCUUCACAAAUUAAGAAGUUAAAAAAGGCGCAUGCGCAACAAGAUAAAAUCCAUCAAAAAUAUUUAUCAGAUCAAAAGAAUUAGGUGAUUUCUUCAAAGAAAUAUAUUUUUAAAUGAAAUUUUAUUUAUGUGAAAGAAGGGAAUGAAAAUGGAAA